CACACAACACAGUAUAGAAAGAAGAGAGAGAUUGAAGAGAAGGUGAGAAAGGAGGAAAAGGAGAGAGAGAGGGCACAGAUGCGAAAGGUGGUGGAUGUGAAGCUGUGGGGGGCUGAGACCAUCACCUCGAUGUCCAGUGCUGAGGAGUACGUCGACAGCGAAAGUGAGAUGGACUCUGACGAUCUCUGGAUGGAUGAGAAGGAGGCUAAACUGUCAGCCAAGAAGAAACAGGAGGAGAGGACGAGAGAGAUGGAGAUGGAAAAGCUGAAAGAGGAGAAAAAGAAGAGAGAAAUGGAAGAGAAGGCGAGACAGGUGGAAAAGGAGCGAGAGAGGGCACAGAUGCGAAAGGUGGCAGAGGAGAUGACGCGGAGGUGGAACGCCCUCCCUCCUGACUCUGAAGACGGUGACACCAACUCCGAGGAGGAGAAGGAGAAGAAGCAGGAGGAGCCGCCAAUCAUCGAGGAGGAGAAGCAGAAGAAGCAGGAGGAGCCGCCAAUCAUCGAGGAGGAGAAGCAGAAGAAGAAAAGCAAACCUGCCAAACUCAUCAAGUGGAUUAAGAAGAGCCUGGGCUUGGGGAGGAACAAGGGGAAAGAGUGACCUGUCCAUCCAAAAAGACGGAAUAGAAAGGCUUACCCACUGCUGGCCCUGCCUUGAGAGACCAUCACAUAUUUCCUUUCUUUACACAAAACACACAGAGGCACACACACACACACACACACACACACACAUUUAAACACACAAUUUAUUUUUACCAAUAAACUUACUUCAAAUAUUAAA